AUGAAACUGUCCGCAAUCACCACCAUGCAGAAUGAGACUGAAAAGAAGAACCUACAGCUCAUGAAAGACCUAAAUAAUGUGAAGCUUCAGCUCCAGGAAAAGUCCAAAAGCUAUGAUGACCUGCAGGAAGUGAACAUUCAGUUACAGGAGAAGCUGGAAGUGCUCCAGACACAGAAGAUCAACAUGAAGAACAGAAUUCGCAAGUUUCAGCAAGCACUAGUAGAGCGGGCAGCGCUGAAAAGACAGCUAGACAAUCUGAAAAGGCUAGCGAUCACAUUAAACUUGGAGAGAGACAACUUUGUGGAGGAUCUGAGGAAGGAGAAGUCCACGUGGAAGGAGAACGGACUGGGAGAGGAGAAAAAGCAAGGGGUGGGGCAGGUGUUAGUUUUAGAGACCAACCUAAUGGAACCGAGAAAGAAGCUAGCAGAGCUGCAGCCCCCUGCAGGACCAUCUCAGGCUGAGCAGCAGCUGCAGGCCCAGGUCUUCCAGAUGCAGAAUAAUUUAAAGAACCUGGAGCAACAACUUCACAUCCAGGUACAGGAAAACCAGAGCCUGGAGCAGCAGAAGCAGCUGUGGAGACUCGAAAAGAAGGCUGAGGAUGGGGAUCAGUAUGCCAAGAAUUGGCACCAGAUCCUUGAGAGCCUUAAGUGUGUACAUGUGCACAACACAGAGCUAAAAGAUCAACUGGUCCAGAUGCAGGAUGCCUUCCACAGGGUGAGUGGUGAGAAGGAGGAGCUCACCAGCAUCCUGAACACAGAGCGUCAGGUGAAGAAACAUCUGCAUGAGAAGCUAGAGCAGCAAGAGGAGAAGUUACAAGAAUGGAAAGUGAUGGCUGAGAUAAAAAGCCAAGUGGUUCAGAAUCUUCAGGAGCUACAUGACCAUCGCCUGGCCCACUUGCAGGAGCUCACAGCCACCUGUGAGCAGCACAGAGCCUCCAAUCAGCAGCUGGCCUCAGAGGAGGAGACCCUGCAGCAGCACCUGCUAAAGCAGACCCAGAUGCUAGAGCAGCUGAAGCAAGGGCAAACACAGACCAAGUUCAAGGACCAGAUGGUGCCUCAAAAGUUACAGAAUACUCUGAGGUGCCUGGAAGCAACCAGACUACAGAAGGAGCAACUGCAGGUUCAGCUGAGCUUCCUGCCUUUCUCUAAGGAAGGUGAAGGAGUGAGCAACGAAGAAGAAAAGGGUGAGGAGUCAACUCCACCUGACAUGACUUUCCAAGAGGAUGUAGACAACCCACAAACCCGGAGGGAUGUUUACCUUAAAGCACCAUCAGUUGCUGAAUCAAAAAAGAUAAAAUUCAGCGAGCAGCUGCAGGAUCAGCAGGCCUGCUGCAGAUUCCUGGCCAACCUGACAGCCCCAUGCCAGACAAAGCUGGAGAAACAGCCUUUCUUCCCCAAGAGCUGGAAACAUGGCAUGUCUGGGGACAAGAAGCAGGACAGCCAGCUGUCAGAACACCUCAGCGCCAUUGAAGAGUCCAUAGUUUUCUGUAAAGAACAGUUGGAAGUCCUGGAGGAGCUGUUUCAGGAGAAAGAUGAGUGUGUCAACCAGAUGUCCCAGGAGAAGAUGGAAAAGAAGGCAAAGCUGCAGAAGCUGCUGUUGCUUCUUGCAAAUGAAGUCACAGAGUGUCAGGGAAAGAUGCCAGAAGACACAGAAACCCCUGCUGCUGCCACCAUUUCAGGCCCCAUGGAGACUGAAUUUAGGGGGGAGCAGAAAGGUUUAGAAGUGCAACUUAAGGACAAUGUAGAACCUGUCCAAGAAGCGGUCAGGGUGCCUUGCCUCCUAGAGGACUCCACCAAAGAACAUGUGCUGUGGAUGCCCGAUGUCCAGCACCACCAAGAGCUUGCAUGGUUGGCCAAUGAACGCUCUGUCUCUUUCUUCUCCAGACUGAUGCAAAUGAUAAGUUUGAGAUAA